AGACAAACAAGGUAACGACUCUCGAGUGACGUCCAUCUGGCCACGACAUGACGAUGGAGGAACGUUUUCCGUCCUUUGGAGCAAGCAAUGCAAGAACAAGUACAACGACUCGACGUAGCUUCGUUGCAAAUUCGAUCAAGAGUAAAGAGUUGGCUCAGCGAUUCGGUGUUCAUUGUUCUUCACUCAAGCGCCCCAUUUAAACGGGUUUGUGCUUCGAUUGAGGUUGAUUGAUUUCGGGGAUGAUCUUGCUUUGAUUUCAUUGAAAUCUUUGAGGGAUUGUUUGAGGGCGCCAAUGGAACCUCCGAGGGGGUUCUUGUCUUGGCUAUGGAGUUUUAUUCGCUUCAUUCCCUUUUUUGUUGGUCUGUUGCUUCUGGGCACCAUUAAAGGUAUCAUUCUGUGCCCUCUGAUAUGUCUCCUAAUGGUUGCUGGAAUCUCUGGUAUCAUAUUAGGCCUUUGGCCAAUGCACUUUGUCUGGUCGUAUUACAGCAUUCUGAGUGCCAAACAACUAGGACCUGUUUUAAAAUUUGUUCUCUGCUUUGGAGCGCUACCCGUUCCCUUGAUUUUGUGGCCAGUGGUUGGUAUAGCUGCAAGUUUCAUUGGUGGAGCGGCGUAUGGAUUUUUUUCGCCUAUACUUGCUACAUUCGAUGCUGUUGGAGAAUCAAAGAACAACCAAUUUUUUCAUUGCUUCUAUGAUGGAACUUGGGACACAAUUAAAGGAUGCUUCACAGUUAUUCGAGAUUUUGGGGACUUUUGCUCCUAUUCCUAUAUAUCAUUUAUGCAGGACCUGCGACAAAGAAUACCUCCAAACGGCGAACACUAUGAGAUCAAGUUGAUCUAUCUCCCUGGAGCUUUAAUUGCUGGGAUUCUCGGUAUCGCUGUCGAUGCAUUCAUGAUCUCGCUUAUAGCCAUAUGCAAAAGUCCUAUUAUGCUUUUCAAAGGGUGGAAUCGCUUGUUUCAUGACCUUAUAGGGCGAGAAGGUCCCUUUUUAGAAACAAUAUGUGUUCCAUUUGCUGGUCUUAUUAUCCUACUUUGGCCAUUAGCUGUUGUGGGUUCAGUUUUGGGCUCAAUCGCCUCCAGUCUCUUCUUGGGUGCCUAUGCAGCGAUUGUUACAUAUCAGGAGGCUUCUUUUUUAUUGGGGCUGCGAUACAUUGUUACAUCCUUGUCGAUUUAUGAUGAAUACAGCAACGAUAUUCUUGACAUGCGAGAGGGAUCGUGCUUUCCCAGGCUAAAUUAUCAAAGAAAGGAGGGCCAAUCAUCAAUGGCUGGUUCACGUACAUCCUCCUCAAGCUCCGAUCCACCUGCACGCAUGAAUUCGCUCAACAAACCUAUGAUUGAUUGGAAGUCAUUUGAUCUGGUUGAUAGGUUGUUUAAGGAGUGUCAACGCCAUGGAGAAACUAUGGUUUGUGAAGGAAUAAUAACGUCAAAUGAUAUUGAAGAUGCACAGUCAGGCAACGGAAGCAAAGUUAUUAGCAUUGGCUUACCAGCUUUUUGCAUUCUUGAAACAUUAUUACGCUCUGCAAAAGCAAAUACAUCUGGACUUCUGUUAAGUGACAACGUUACAGAAAUUUCUAGCACAAACAGGCCCAAGGAUGCCUUCUUUGAUUGGUUUUUUAACCCACUUUUGAUAAUCAAAGAACAAAUUAGAGCAGAAAAACUUUGCGAGUCAGAAGAGGAAUACUUACAUAGAUUAGUUCUGUUGAGUGAUGAUCCUAAGAGGCUGAAAAGUUUAACCACUGUAAUGCCUCCAGAAUCCGAGCGAAGACAAGCUGAACUCGAAGCACUAGCUCGAAGGCUUCGAGGAAUCACUAAAUCCAUCUCAAGGUAUCCAACUUUCAGGCGCCGUUUCGAUAAUCUUGUAAAGAAGUUAUCUGAAGAACUUUCGAAGAAAAAUGGUUCUUUCCAGUCAACCAAGGGAAGUAGGUCGUUAUCAAGGUCAAGAAGUGCAUUUGGCAGAUUGUUCAGUCAAAAAUCUUCAAGCGACAAAACAAGCUACAGAGGGUCUGAGAGAGAAUCUCAUCCAGACGAAACAGAUAUCGAAAUUGUUUAGGGAGGGUAGAUCGGAAGUAGGGUCGAAGUUCUGUAAUUCUUUAGUUCUUUUCCAAGUGUUAUAUCGAUGGCGAUAAACGUGUACUCCUAGUAUAUAUGUAUAGGUUAUAUGAUUUUUCAAGUGCUAUAAUAAUUCUUCAUUUCAACUGAA